CCCGAGGCCCGAUCGCGACCUUUUUGGGCUCGUGGAUCCACCAGAGAACCCAGACGAACGCGCCGUUUUCAGGUCAGAACCGCCCCACCAGAAUCCAUCCAAAUAAAAUAGUACAAAAAAACCAAAACACUUAUUCUAUUAGUCACGAGGUAAAAACCGCCGUGCUACGAGGCAGUCGAGCCUGCUCGCGGAGAAAGUCUGAUAGUUCGUCAAAGCCCUUAAAAAAUGAACAAACAUUAAAAAAUAGCAAAUUCUGGUUAUUUUUUUUCAAAAUAGACGCCCCGUCCUUCCGUAGCCAUUUCGUCUCAUUAAGUUUUUUAUUUUCAUGACUUCACCACUUGACCAAAACACGAAAAAGAAUUCCGAGUCACUACAUUUUUUACCACUGACCACUCUCGCUGCCCUGCCCCCCUUUUUCUCCCUCCCUUUUUUCCAUCGCUCCUUCCGGACACCCCAUUGGCGGUUCCUGCCAGUCAGCGCAGAGACGCGCAGCUCGCAGCGCAAUCGGGUCCCGAAUUACGCCGAUUUUGACCGGCCUCAAGCCCGCUCGGAAUUUCGUGUCGUUCGUCGACGCACCGUGAUCUAAAAAAAAGAAAUUUUCUCGGUAUCUGGAUCGAAGUUAAUUAAAAAAUUGUGCCAAGUCGACUCGAUAGAGUGAAAAGAAUAUUUGGAAAUGAAAAUUCCGCAUUUGUCACUCAAAUCAGAAAAAUAGUACGGAAAGAAUCGCCCAACGGAAAUAAUCAACCAACGAAACUGAAGCCCGCGUUAAUUCAGUUUUUCAACAAAGUGAAAAUAAAUUUUGAAACAAAAUUCGUGAUUGUACGACAAAAACAUGAAGCUCGAUCCCCGGACACUUUUCAUCGGUGCAGUCGCGAUAAUUGCGGCAACAGUGAUUGACAAUUCGAGUGCCUGUAACGAGGCGAUUUGCGCAAGUGUCGUGAGCAAGUGCAUGUUGACUCGGAGCUGCAAAUGUGAUUUGCCGGACUGUACCUGCUGCAAGGAGUGUUUUUCGUGCCUGAGUUAUCUCUACGACGAGUGCUGCUCUUGCGUCGAUUUGUGCCCGAAACCGAACGUCACGAACGGUCUUUUGAGCAGAAAGUCUCACGUGGAAGAUUUCGGGGAAUCACUGCCAGUUUUAUUCCGUGCUCUGACGAAGGAGCCCGACGAACACGAGCGUUGGACCACCGUCACUUACCCCGUCGAUUUUGACGUUUCGCAGUUCCUUCCGAAGCACUGGAACGAAGUACAAUACACUCAAAGCCUCCAAGAGGAAACUCACAACCCACUGAAACCGAACGUCAUAACUGUCAAUUGCACUGUCGCGUUCAUGGCUCAGUGCGGCUCUUGGAACAAGUGUAAAAAUUCUUGCCAAUCCAUGGGCGCCUCGAGCUAUCGAUGGUUUCACGACGGAUGCUGCGAGUGCGUCGGUGACACUUGCAUCAAUUACGGCAUCAACGAAUCGAGAUGCACUCGCUGUCCCAACGACGACGACGAGGACAACGAAAUCGACGACGAAUACGACUAUGGGCAAGACGCGGAGGAACUUACUGAAGACAGCUGACCACAGAGGUCACUCGAAUCCCUUUCUUCGACCGUUUUGUCUCAGUAUUGAAUUUGUAAACUAUUUAAAAAUUAAAAAUUAACAAAAAAUUUCGGUUUAUUUGAA